AUGACUCAGCCCGUGUCGGCGCGUGCGGGGGACGCUCCGCGGCACGCGGCCACUUUUAAUAAGUACGAUCAGCGUGAUCUGCAGGGGAAGGCGAUGCGGGAAUGGGAAAGGCAAAGGCGCGUGUGGGCCACUGUGCAGGAGAACAUCCAACGCCGCCUCGGUGACAGCGGCAAGAUACGUGGGGCCUGCAUGAACAUGUCACAGGGGGCGUACCGGGCGCGACUGCGUGAGGAGGAGGUUGGGAUGAUCACCAACGCCGUCCCCUCCGCCAUCUUCUCCGGCUUUCACACGUGGGAGAGCACUCUGCGCACCACUGGAGAGACGGGCGCCGUUCGGUUUCUCAAGGUGGGGCAAACGAACUUCCCCUACGCGUUGUACGGGAAGGUGACGGACCGGCGGCGGCUGGACGUGGAGCACCUGACAAACACCCGCAUCGUCUUCCCCAAUGAAAACAUCGUGCGCAGGGUGGCGAGCGGCGGGCCGCAGCAGCCUUCCGCGGCUGCUGUCCCCGUCCUCUUCCGAGACUCGGAUUACUACCAGCAGCGGUUUCAGCAGUACUUCCCGUUGAUCGAAAAGAACAUGCCCCACCUAUUGUUGCCGCGGGCCUACUUAGAGGUGUGUGGGCAGCCACCCCCGUGGACGACGAAGGCAGAAGAUGCGGCGGCAGCGGCGAAGAGGUCCGUGCCGGCCGUCCUGCAGGUGCCGGCCCCGCAGCCUGAGGCGGGGCAGCAGCAAAGGCGUCAAGGAGGGCGGGAGGGGAUAGAGAAAAACGGCCCCCUCUCUGUGGGGGAAACGGAAACCUUAAGUGGGAGCAAGGACGUCAAUGUGACUCUCUUCACGGAGGACGCCGCUGCGGGGACUCCCUCGUUGGAGAUCUCCGCUUCACGCGUUCUCUUCUUUGCCCGGCCUGGGGAGCUCGUCCACGGUGCCGUGAGGGUCAGGAACAGCGGCCCCAUGACGGUCUACUACAGCUGGGCGCCGUUCCAGCCAACCACCGCCCUGGACGGCGAAAGCGCCACGGAGGAUGCCGACAGUAAAGAGGAGAAGGAGAAGGAGAACAAUAAGAAGAAGGAGGGAAGGGAGCAAGUCCGCGAUGACACUGCUCCUGGCGCGGCAAAAGCAGAGGCGGCGUCGUUGUCACGGGACGAGGACGACGCCACGUUCCGCACGAGCGGUGCUCAGCAGUCCCCGGUGAAGCGCAAGCAAACGGCGGCGGAAGGAAAUUCACCGCGAAUGAACAUCCCACUCCGCCCCCUGGCGAAGAAGUUGGCGCACUCCAAGUCCUUCUUUUUUCUCUCUGCGCAGCUGGAUGGCGUCAUCCUGCCAGACGACGAGGAGACGUUUCCCUUUUCUGUGCGGGCGGCAUUUCCAGGGCGCUUUUUGCAGCACUACGAGCUGCUCAUGAUCCCCGCCGCCGCCUCCCGCGUUGUGGUGGAGCUGUGUGCCAUUAUACAAGACGGCGGACCCGCGCUUGAUACCGUCUCCCGCCCUGUUUCGGCGGCCCUCGACGCCAAGGCCGUCGCAGAUACGCAGCGGGAGGUCAUCAACGCCUUGGUGGCGAACAGCAACCUCUAUGAGACCGCUGAGAUUGCACGGGCGACGCAAGCCUGCCUGGACGCCGCCAAGGUGCCCCAAGAGGCACGGGAGGCGCUGGUGGCAAAGUGGCGCAAGGCGUGGAACGACACAACGUACGCCGCUCUACGUCUUCCAUUCAACAUUGCUGUUUACGAGCGGCUGAAUGCGUUACAUCAAAAUCUCGCCCAAACGAUGUCGGCGCUGGAGCAGCCCCUCCACCAUGAGGAGUGGGACGGAUCGGUGCAGACGCUACAGAGUGAUAUUUGCAGGUUGCGCGACGCCGUGUCGCGUAAUAUGCUGCGGGAGGGACUGAACGUUCUUCUGCGCGCGGCAACGGUGUGUGAGCAGGAGGAUGAACCGCUUGAUUUCCUCCUGCAACGCGUCGCUGGGAAGGUGGCCUUCUCAGCCCUGGCGCGACAGGCGGGGGAGCUGGACGACGCUAUCUUGCUCACACUCGGACUGCGCGAGCCCCGCGGGGCACAUAACGGGGCGCACUCCGCAACUAGCCCGCGCGGACCCGGUAGCUUGGCCAGCGGUGCCGCUGCGGGAGGGCGCAAGGGCGCUGGCGGCGGCAGCGGCGCUGGUUCUGGGGCGGGCGGAGGCGGCAGAUCGCAGGGCAGGGCAUCCACCAAAGGGGGAAAGGGCGCGGCGGCGGCGGACGCCAACACUGGUCGCUUAGGAAACGCGGAUAAGCCGUCGGCGCACGGCGACGCAGACGCGGCGGGUGACCCCGCGGCAGAGGCCGCGCUCAAGGAGGAACACGGCGCCCGUCUCUUUGCCGGCAUGCGACGGCUGGUCGGCGACGCCGUUAUGCGGCUUUGCUCCACGUUAGACUGCCUUCGCUGCACGACGGAGGCGGCGUGUGCGUUGCCGCUGCUUGAGACCACCGCCUGCGUCCGCGCCGAGGCCGUGCGCAUCAUUCAGAACGCCGACGACAUGGAGGUUGAGUUUGCAGUGGACGCUGCUCCGCCAAAGAAGAGGAAGUAG